AUGGAAACAACAGGUAAAGUUGAUGAUGUCAUGAAAUUGAUCCUUGGUCUUAUCUGGACAAUUAUCCUUCGCUUUCAAAUACAAGAAAUUGAGAUCGAUGUGGAUGAAGACAAUGAAACAAGCGAAAAGAAAUCAGCCAAAGACGCGUUGCUGUUGUGGUGCCAGCGAAAGACUCAUGGUUAUCCGAAUGUCAACAUCCAAGACUUUACAUCAUCAUGGCGUUCUGGCUUGGGCUUCAACGCUCUCAUCCAUUCACACCGUCCCGAUCUCUUUGACUUUAAUUCACUUCAACCAGGUCGCAACAUGGAGAAUCUUAAUCAUGCAUUCGACGUGGCUGACCGUGAGCUUGGAAUUCCUCGCUUGUUAGAUGCUGAAGAUUUAGCUGAACAAACUCGACCCGAUGAACGCUCUGUGCUCACCUACGUCGCUUCCUAUUAUCACACAUUCGCUCGAAUGAAGAACGAACAAAAAAGUGGGAAGCGAAUUGCGAAUAUUGUUGGAAAGAUGAUGGAUGCCGAUGGAAAGAUUGUUCAAUAUGAAACAUUAACGUCAACACUCCUUACAUGGAUUCGUAAUAAGACGAAAGAUUUGGAGAAGAGAAACUUUCCAAAUUCCCUUGAAGGUAUUCAGCAAGAACUGUUGAACUUCAAGCAAUAUCGCACAAUUGAGAAGCCUCCAAAGUAUAAGGAACGAAGUGAAGUUGAAGCUCUUUAUUUUCAUGUUAAUACACUUUUAAAGUCUUUAAAUCAGCCACAAUACACGCCUCAAGAUGGUCAACUCGUCAAAGAUAUUGAAAAGGCUUGGCAGCUGUUGGAGAAUGCCGAACACAAUCGUGAAGUUGCACUUAGAAAUGAACUUUUACGACAAGAGAAACUUGAACAGUUGAACUAUAAAUUUGAAAGAAAGUCAGUUCUUCGUGAAAACUAUUUGAAGGAAAUGAUUCAAGUUCUUUCUGAUCCUCGGUAUGGAGCCAACAUAAGACAAGUCGAUGCGACUGUAAAGAAACACGAAGCAAUCAGCGCUGAUAUUCUCGCUCGAGUUGAGAGAUUCAACGACUUGACUGACAUGAGUAAUGAGCUUCAGAGGGAAAAUUAUCAUGGCAAAGAUCGAGUGAAGAAGCGUGAAGAAGAAGUUUUAAAGAAAUGGAACGAGUUAUUAAAACUUCUCGAACAUCACAAGAAUAAUUUAAAUCAAAUGAGUAGUUUGAUGAAUUUGUUGCGUGAAAUCGACACGACAAUUGCUUCGAUAAAAACUCUUCAAGCUCUGUUUGCUUCCGAAGAUGUUGGGCCUCAUUUGUUGGGUGUUGAAGAAUUACUUCAAGCACAUUCACUGCAAGAACUUCAAGUGACAGCGCUUGGUGAUGCCAAACGUCGAUACAUGCGACAAGGUGAAAGUUACAAGAAAUCCGACCAUAAGGAAGCACCUUUACUGGCUCAAAAACUUGAAUCAUUGGAACAACUUUACAACGAGUUGCAAAAGCAAAGUGCUAACCGAAGAUCGAAGUUAGAAGAAGCUCGAGACUUUUAUCAUUUCUUAGAAGAUCAUGAGAAUGAAGAAGGUUGGCUGAUUGAUAAACAAAGAAUCUGCAAAGCUGCAAUAACUGCCAAGGAUUUACGUGCUGUCAUGUCACUUCAACAAAAGCAUAAAGUCCUUGAAGAUGAAAUGAAAGUUCGUAAACCAAAAUCCCAACAAUUGAAAGAAGUUGGAAAAAAACUUAACACUGAACAGCAACAUUCACGUGGUAGUGAAGUGUCAUCGAGACUUGAAUCGUUGGAUGAACAUUGGAAAGCUUUAGAAGAUUUGGUUGAGUUGAGAAAGCGACAAUUGGAAGAUGCAGCAGAAGCUUAUCAAUUCUACACCGACGCUAAUGAAGCUGAUUCGUGGUUGAACGAGAAAAUGGCGCUUGUCGUGUCGAAAGAUUUUGGAGUUGAUGAACCUUCAGCUCAAGCGUUGCUGCAAAGACAUCGCGACCUUCAAGGUGAACUUAACGCUUAUUCAGGUGACAUUAAGAAUUUAAAUCAACAAGCUGACAAGUUGAUGAAAGCAGGAAUAUGCACAUUGGAUCUUUCUCAAGAGCCAGAACCAGUUCAGGAUAUUGAACAAGAGGAAUGGGUGAAUGAGACUCGUCUUGUAUCAAAGGAGGUUUGGGAAGAAGAACCUGUUGAGAAACUCGAACCAAGAACAGUCACUGAGAUGAAAAUGAUGUCACAUGUCAAGGCUCUUUAUCCUUUCGAAGGGCAAGGAAUGAAAAUGGCUAAAGGAGAGACGAUGGUGUUGCUUAAUAAAACGAAUCCCGAUUGGUGGUCAGUGAGAAAGUCAGACGGCGUUGAAGGUUUCAUACCAGCAAACUAUGUGAAGGAAAUUGAACAGCAAGCUGUGCCAGUUCUUGUGAGAAAGAUGGAGAAAGUUAAAGGAGUUCAAAAAGUGAAGAAAACAAUUCUAGUGAAGCAAGUCGUUCCAGUAAAACGAAUUAAACCGACUAAAGUGUCUCAAAUUAGACCGUUGAUUAAGCGUAGAGCUGAAGGCGACCCAACAGCCAUUGAUAGCAGUGACAGUGUAGAGAAACGUUGUAAACGAAUCAAUUUGACGUAUGAUCAACUUCAAGACAUGGCAGUUCAACGUCAUGCUUUAUUAGAAGACUCGAUUUGUCUGUUUGGAUUCUUCCGGGAAUGUGACGACUUCGAGAAGUGGAUUAAAGACAAGGAAAAGAUGUUAAAAACUGAAGAUCCGAAAGACAAUGUCGAGACAGCUAAGAGGAAAUUCGAGAAGUUCCUGACUGACCUUUCAGCAUCUUCGAAGAGAAUUGAAGCCAUCGACAUGGCUGUUGAUGAUUUCGCUCGACAAGGUCAUUCGCAACUUGACAAAAUCAAAAUUCGUCAACGACAAAUUCAUCAACUUUGGCAACAUUUGAACCAUUUGAAAGCACAAAAAGAGAAGAGUUUGGAAGGGGCGUCAAGUGUCGAACUUUUCAAUCGAACAUGUGAAGAAGCUAAAGAUUGGAUGCAAGAAAAGAUGACGCAACUUGACACAGCUGAGUUGGGACCCGACUUAAAGACCGUCCAAGCACUUCAACGUCGCCAUCAAAAUCUCGAGCGUGAGUUGGAGCCUCUGAAAGAGAAAGUGUCGCGUGUUGAUCUUCUCGGGAAUUCUGUGAAGAAUUCUUAUCCAUCAGAGAAGGAAAAUGUGGCAAAGUCACAAAAAGACAUCAAAGAUAUGUGGCAGAAGGUGCAAGCAAAAGCUCUUGAUCGUAGAUCGCGAUUGGAGAAUGCAGUCGGUGAACAAAUCUUCACAAACAGUGCCAAGAAUCUUCUCAAUUGGGUGGAUUCUGUUAAAAAUCAGCUAAACGCUGACGAGACUGCCCGUGACGUUGAAACUGCAAAUAAUUUGCUUAAAAAGCACAACGACUUGGCAGAUGAAAUCAAAUCACAAGAUGAUGAAUUUAGUGAGUUAUUGAAACUCGGUCGUCAACUUACUGAACGAAAUCCAAAGCUCAAAGAGAUUCCAGUGAUGAUGGAGAAGCUCGCAGCUGAACAAGAAGCAGUUCAUCGUGGAUGGACGGAGAAAGAGAAAUGGUUGCAGCAAUGUGUCGAACUGCAGAUGUUUAAUCGUGAAGCUGAUAAGAUUGAUGCCACAACAAAGGCACAUGAAGCUUAUUUAGAGUACACUGACCUUGGCAAUUCACUUGAUGACGUUGAAGCAAUUCUGAAGCGUCACAAUGACUUUGAGAACACGCUUGGAGCUCAAGACAAGAUUUUGAAAGGUUUCUCGGACAAUGUUGACAAACUCAUUAAGAAUAAACAUUACGAUGCAACGGCCAUCGAUGAAAGACGCAAUCAAGUUCUAGCUCGUCGACAACGAGUCAAAGAACAAGCACAAAAUCGUCAAAAUGCUUUGCAAGCUUCACGGGAUUUCCAGAAGUUUGUUGCUGAUAUCGACGACUUGAAUAAUUGGCUUGACAAUAAAACGAAAAUUGCUGGCGAUGAGUCUUACAAAGAUUUAUCGAAUCUUCCGAGAAAGCUUCAAAAACAUCGCGCUUUUGAACGUGAACUUCGAGCAAAUGAAGGGCAGUUGAGAAUGGUCAACAAAGAUGGUGAAAGUCUCGUUAAAGCUAAGAACCGUUCAAAUGAAGUUGAACAAAUGCUUAACAAUGUCAAUAAGAAGUGGAAAGAUUUAAUUGCGAUUUCUCUCGAGAAAGGUCGACGUUUGGAACAAGCGCUGCUUCAACGUGAUCACAACAAGAACAUUGAAGAUGCAAAGAAGAAACUUGGCAAGCUUGAAACAGCACUUCAAAGCAAGCAAGUUGGAAAUGAUUUGCGUAGUUGCAAAGAUUUGAUGAACAAACAUCAAAUUCUUGAAGCUGAUAUUGCAUUUUGGGAGCAGAAAAUUGACGAGCUCGUUCAGACAAGUGAAGAAAUGGCCCAUGAAGGUCAUUUUGACGCUAACAACAUUAAGAAUGAAACGAAGAACCUUCAAAAUCAAUUUAAGAACUUGAAAGAUCCCGUCGAGAAACGUCGUGCGGCUUUGGAUGAAAGUUUGAAAUUCCACAAAUUCAACUUCGAGGUUGAUUCAGAACUUCAGUGGAUUAAUGAACGUCUACCAGCUGCAAGCUCUGAGACCAUGGGUCAGAAUCUUUACCAAGCUCAAAGCAUGGAUAAGAAGCAUAAGAAAAUGGAAGCUGAAAUUAAUGGACAUCAACCGAUAAUCGACAAAACUCUUGCAUUUGGUCAAACUUUAAUUCAACAAAAUCACCCGGAAAGUGAGAAAGCGAGAGAAUCGUGCGGUGAGUUGGAAAAUGCUUGGCAAAACCUUCAAGAAAAAGCAGAAGAAAGAGCCAAGAAAUUGGAAUUGUCGUUGAAGGCUCAACAAUAUCUUUCGGAUGCCGGUGAGAUUGAGACAUGGCUGAGCGAGAAAAACAAUAUUUUGAAGUCAACUGACUACGGUCGUGAUCGCGACUCAGCUACGAAACUUUUGACGAAACAUAAAACAAGCGAACUUGAGCUUGACACAUAUUCAGCCAUCAUACAAGAAAUGGGACACACAGCACAACUUAUGGUGACAUCGAAACAUCCCGACAGCAAGACAAUCGUCGCCAAACAACAAAUCAUUGAGAAAAUGUUGAAAUCUCUUCAAAAACUUGCAGCACAACGUCAAUUAAGACUCAUGGAAAGUCUUUACAGACAUGAAUACUUUGCUGAAUCAGCUGACUUAGAGAAUUGGAUUAAAGAACAAGAAUUAGCGGUGAAUUCUGAAGAUUAUGGCUUGGAUUAUGAACAUUUAUUGAUCCUUCAAAAUAAAUUUGAUGACUUGAAACAUCGCAUUGAAGUUGGAGCUGAAAGAUUUAAUCAAUGUGACGAAUUUGCUAAGAAAUUAAUCGGAACUGACAGUCAAUACGCGUCUGAUGUUGAGAAACGUCAAGAACAUUUGAGACGUAAUCGGGAUUCAUUCUCGAAAGCAGCUUUGGAAGUGCUUGAAAGACAUGAAGUUAUACGAAAUGCGUGGGAGAAUCUUCUGAAGCAACUUGGACAACGUGAACAACGACUUCAUGCAGCUGGUGAGAUUCAUCGCUUCCAUCGUGACGUUGCUGAAGCUUUGUUUAGAAUUCAGGAUAAAAACGCAACACUUUCAAAUGAACUCGGAAAAGAUUUGAAUUCAGCUUUGGCACUUUAUCGUAAGCACGAAGGUUUCGAAAAUGAUUUGGUUGCAUUGGAAGCGCAAUUACAAGUAUUGGUUGAAGAUUCUGUUCGAUUGCAAUCAAAAUAUCCUGGCGACAAUGCGCAAGCUAUUGCUCAACAACAGGAAACAGUUGUCGAUGCUUGGAACACAUUGAAAGAAAAUUCAGCCACACGAAGCGAUCAAUUAGCUGCCAGUUGCGAUUUCCAGAGUUUCUUAACACAAGCUCGUGACUUGAUGUCUUGGGCAAGUAAUCUUCGUGCAACAUUACAAGCUGAAGAGCAUGUCAGUGAUGCUGCUGGUGCCACCGCACUUAAGCUUCAACAUGACGCAAUUUACAACGAAAUAGAAGCACGAGAAGGAAAGUUCCGCACACUAAGUGAACUUAGCGACUCUAUGGUUCAGACUGGACAUUAUGCAGCCACUGAAGUUGAAGAGAAAUGUACCGCACUGUUGGAAGAACGUCAAAAAUUGCACAAUGCUUGGAACAAGAAGAAAAUUUUGUUAGAACAAAAAAUUGAUUUGUUCUGUUUCUUGCGAGAUGCCAAACAAAUUGACAACAUGUCAAGUGCACAAGAAGCAACAUUAUCGUCAACUGAUUAUGGUGUGACUGUUGAAACCGUUCAAGAUCUUGUAAAACGUCACGACGAAUUGGAGAAGCUCAUUCAACAGCAAGAUGAAAAGGUCGUUGUGUUGCAAGACCAUGGCCGUCGUUUGGUUGAACAGAACCAUUACGACAGUUCGAAUAUUCGUCGUCGUCUUGAAGAAGUUGUUGACAGACGAUCGAAAGUUAAAGCGCUUAGCCAAGCACGUCGCAAGAAGCUUGCAAAUGCACUUUUGUAUGCACAAUUUGUGCGCGAUGUCGCUGAAGCUGAAGCUUGGAUCAAUGAAAAGCAGAAGAAAUUGGAAGCUGAUUCAGGGUCGUUUGCUGAUGAAACAAACAUUGAAGAGAAAAUCAAACGACUUCAGAAACAUCAAGCAUUCCAAGCUGAAAUUUCAGCAAAUGAUAGUCGCAUACAAGAACUCAAAGACAAGUCGGAAACGCUGAUUAAGAAGCAACACGAGUCGACGAAAGAAAUCAAAGACGCAAUGCAAAGAUUACUCGAAGCUUGGAACAAUUUACUUCAAGCUGUCAAUGCACAAGGCAAAGGUCUGGAAGAAGCACAAGAUAUUCUUGAAUUUAACAAUCAAUUGGAGAAGAUUGACGCUUGGAUUCGUGACAAAGAUUUGAUGGUACAAGCAAAUGACACUGGGCGUGACUUAGAACAUUGCAACGCACUUAAGAGAAAGUUAGACGACGUCGGAUCAGACAUGCGAGUUGAUGAUCAACGAAUAAAAUCAAUUAAUGUGUUGGCUGACAAACUUGUGUCACAAGAAAAAUCUCCAGACGAGAUUAAGAAUGUUCAGCAGAAGCGAACUACAUUCAACAACCGUUGGCGACAAUUGCAAGGAGCUAUAAAUGCUUAUCGAGUUCUUCUCGAAGGUGCUUAUGAGAUUCAUGUCUUCAACAGAGAUUUGGAUGACACUUGCGAGAGAAUUGCUGAGAAAUCCUUAGCAAUGUCAAGUGAUGAUAGUGGUCGAGAUUUAACAGCCGUUGAAGCUAUGAGAAGGAAACAAGACACACUCGAACGUGACAUGACAGCAGUCAAACAGAAGAUUUUCGAACAUGAAAAUGAUGCUGCGAAACUUAUGAGAAAAUAUCCUGAACGUGCUGACGACAUUAACAAGAAUUUGAUGAAUUUGAAACAAAAAUGGGAUCAACUGGAAGCGUUGAGAGAGAAGCGACGACAACAAUUGGAAGAUGCUUAUCAAGUUCAUAAAUUCUUAGCAGAUGUCAAGGAACUUGAAAAGUGGUCACAAGACAUAACAAAGAAGAUGGAAAAAGGCGUUCAACCAUCAACAAUCCCCGAAUGUGUCGCUCAAAUUGAGUUACAUGAAGAGAGAAAAGCUGAGAUUAAUGGUCGUGACAAUAUUUUCAAGGAAAUGAUUCAACAUGGACAAAAGUUGUCAACAGAAACAACUGAAAAAGCCGAUGACGUUGCAUAUGCACAAAAGAAACUUGAAGAAGUUCAUCAGAAAGUUCAUAUCGCGUGGAAAGAUCGUGCAAAGCGAUUGAAUGACGCUCAUCAAUUGCAAUUGUUUAAAGAUCUUGCUGAUCAGAAAGACGCUUGGUUGGCAAGUAAAGAAGCUUUUUUGAACAACGACGAUCUUGGCGAAUCAUUUGCCGCUGUUGAAGUUUUGAUUAAGAAACAUGAAGCGUUUGAAAAGUUGCUGCUUACAAGCACAGUUGUGGAUGAACUUCAAGAAUUCGCUAACAAAGUAUUGGCCCAAGAACCAUACGAGAUAACAACAGUUGAGCUACGUUUGGAUGGCGUCAAGAAUAGAAUGGAGAGACUCAAAACGCAGUCAAGUAUUCGACGAAAGAAGUUAAACGAAUCGCUUCAAUUUCAACAGUUUUUGCGUAAUUUGUAUGAAGUUGAGCGAUGGUUGGGACAGAAACUUCAAGUUGCACUCGAUGAGAAUUACCGAGAAACGAGCAAUCUUCAGAGUAAGAUUCAAAAGCAUGGAGUGUUCGAUGCUGAACUUCUUGCCAACACAAGUCGUGUUGCUGCUGUGAUAACUGAAGGAGAAGCUUUGAUCGAGUCGAAACAUUACGCAUCAGCUGAGAUUCAACAACAGAUUGAAAUGCUUGAAAGUGAGUGGGGAAAACUUCAAGAAGCGUCACGUGAGAAGAAGAUUAGAUUAAGUGAAGCUUAUGAAGCUCUCAUUUUCAAUCGUUCCUUGGACGAAUUCAAUUCUUGGAUGGAUGAAAUUGAGUCACAUUUGUCAUCGGAAGAUUAUGGAAAGGAUUUGCCGACAGUCAAUAAUUUGAUAAAGAAACAUCAAGUUUUGGAAGCUGACGUGAUUCAUCAUGGCGAGUUUAUCGAGCAGAUAAAAACCGAAGAUCAAGCUUUCUUAAAUUCAGAUCAUUUCAUGAAGAAUGAACUUCACGAGAAGGCAAUGUACGCGAUUAAACGUUACCAUUCAUUGAAUGAGCCAAUGACGAUCCGAGGCGAUAACUUAGACGACUCUUUACUGCUUCAUCAGUUCUUACGCGAUUCAGAAGAUGAAAUUCAGUGGUUGGCUGAGAAGGAACCGUUGAUAGCUUCUAAAGAUUUAGGAAGCAACUUGACAGCUGUCCAAAGUCUUCAGAAGAAACAUCAAGCUUUGGAAUCGGAGAUUCUCUCACAAGAGCCAACUGUGUCUGCGAUUAUUUAUCGUGGUCAACAAAUGAUUCAAAAUGGCCAUUUUGCAAAUGCUCAAAUCGAGUCACGUUGCAAUGAGCUUCAAAGAAAAUUAAUUUUAAUACGUGACUUGGUUAGUGUUCGUCGUUUGCGGUUACUCGAUGCUGUUGAAUCGCAAAUGUUUUACGCUGAAGCUAAUGAAUGUGAAUCGUGGAUUAAAGAGAAGCGUCCGAUUUUAAUAUCGAGCGAUUUUGGGAAAGAUGAAGACGCUGUUCAGUCACAACAAAAGAAACUCGAAACACUUCAACGUGAACUUGUUUCUUUCGUGCCUACUGUUGAGAAAGUUGGCAAACUUGCUGACAAUCUUUGUGAACGUGGGCAUUUUGACAAUGAAAAGAUUCGCAGUAAAAGUACGAAAAUUCAGCAACAACUUGAAGAGCUUCAAAAGUUGUCAAUCGAACGUGAAAAGAGAAUCAGCGAGCAACGAAAAUUCCUCGAAUUUAUGCGUGAAAUUGAAGAUCUUCACGAAUGGAUCGGUGAUCAGAUGACGACUGCAUCGUCUGAAGAAUAUGGGACAGAUGUCGAACAUGUUCAGCAAUUGACGCUUGCUUUUGAGUCGUCAGUGUCAACAAUAACAGCAAAUGAACCUCGUGUGCAGCAAUGUCAGAUGAAAGCUGAUGAGUUGAUUAAAGAUCAGAAUCCAUACAAGGAAAUCAUUCAAGUGAAACGUGACGAAACUAAACAACUUUGGGAUGAAUUGAAAGAACUCAUUGCAGCACGUCAAGAAGCACUUGCGGGUGCUAAGAAGGUUCAUGUUUACGAUCGAACUGCUGACGAGACAAUCGCUUGGAUUAAUGAGAAAAUUGCUGACAAUUUAAGCGAAGAUUACGGACAAGACUUGGAGACAAUUCAAGCAUUAAGUCGAAAACACGAACUCUUUGAAAUUGAAAUUGCUGCUGUUCGUGAACAUGUUGAGUCGGUGCAAGCUGAAGCCAAACAACUUGCAGAUGCUUUUCCAGAUGCUCGAGAUCACAUUGAAGUGAAGCGAGAAGAAACAAUCGAAGCUUGGACGGAAUUGAAUGACAAAUCACAACAACGUAAAGUGAAACUCUCGCAAGCUGAACAACUUCAAGCAUACUUUGAUGAGUAUCGCGAUUUAAUGGCUUGGAUCAAUGAGAUGCUUGCGAAGAUAACAUCACCAGAUCUGGCAAAUGACGUCAGUGGCGCUGAAGCAUUAAUCAUGAAAAUUAGAGAACAUCAAGCCGAAGUUGAUGCACGUGAAGAAAUUUUCGACAACUUCUACAAAACCGGACGAAAGUUGAUUAAAGAUAAACAUUUCCUUGCUAAUGAAGUUGAAGAUAAGAUUGGAGUGUUGGAACAUCGUCAGAAACUCUUGGACAAGACGCUUCAAAAUCGACGAGAAAUUUACGAUCUUAACUUAGACACGCAACUUUUCCUACGUGAAGCAACCGUCCUUGAGAAUUGGAUUCUUUCUCGAGAAGUGCAAUUGAAAGAUGGAGAGUUGGGUGAAACAAUUCCACACGUUGAAGACUUAAUUAGGAAGCACGAAGACUUUGAGAAAACUGUCGCAGCUCAAGAGGAGAAGUUUGAGGCGCUUAAGAGAAUAACUUUGUUGGAACAGUUGUUUAAAAAGCAGAAAGAAGAUGAAGAGGCAGCUAAGAGAGCUGAGAAGGAGAGAGUGGAAAAAGAAAGAAUUGAAGCUCUGAAGCAGAAAGAAGUUCAAAGAAUAACUGAAGAACGUCGUAGGAAUGAAAAGCAAAUCGAUGGACGAACUGAUAAGCCCCCGAUUUUCUCAUCACCUCAAAAUAAAGCUCAACAUCAACAACAAGUGGCAGUUGAACAACCAGCGAGUGUUACUGGCUUAAAGCCCAGCGCAUCUUCUGAGUCAUUGACACAAGUGCAGAAGUCCAGCUCAUUUGUCAACAUAUUUGGAGAUCGUCUUCGACGAGGCUCAGAAGGAAAUGUGAAGCGUGCUGAGAGUAUGAAAGUUCAACCAAAAGGACCGAAACGAACGCCAUCAUUUACAACGAGAAAGCGAGCGACAAGCUUCAAGAAAAAUCAGAAAACUGAGAAUCAAUUCGACCUACCGCCAGUUGAGAUUCAAGGAAUGCUUGAACGAAAGCACGAUUUGCAAUCAGGUGGCAAAAGAGCUCCAGUUCGUUCAUGGAAACUAUUCCACACUGUCCUUUGUGGACAACUUCUCUGCUUCUUCAAAGAUGACGAAGAUUUCCGUCAACGAAAGGCGACAACAGCACCCGUCAAUAUUCUUAACGCUAUUUGCGUGAAAGCAGAAAAUUAUACCAAAAAGAAAAACGUUUUCCGAUUGAGCCUCCCUGAUGGAUCAGAAUUUUUGUUCUUAGCUUCAUCACUAGAUGAAAUGAAUGAUUGGGUUAAUAAAAUCUCUUUCCAUGCCAAUCUGCCUCCAAAUCUACAAUUGAUGAGCUAUGAUGAAACAAUGAAGGCAAACAGCACAGCACAAUUGUCUCCAUCAAAGUCAUCCAACACUAGUCAAUACGGCAGCGAACACGAUGGUUCAUCAGUCAGCUCACGUACAUCAUCACCCGAUCCGAAUCAACGAAGAGACUCAAACAGCAGUGGCGUUCAAACAACUCCACAAAUGAAUUUCCUGCAAAAGCAGAGAGAAUUACGAGAACGAGAAAAUCAGAAUUGGAAUAGUGAGCCACCACCACACUCUCCAACAGGUGGUUUUUAUGAUAAGCCGCCAAUUCCACCACGUGGUGUUCCACCUCCGGUUCCACAACGACAAUCAAGUGUUGAAAAGUUCUCUGAAGUUGAAAUUCGUCCAAAAAAUAUCAAUGGAAGUGAAGAUCAUUACAGCAAUAAUCCAUCAAACCGACCAUAUUCUCUGCAACAGCCACAAUCGCGUGCACCACUUGUAGUACCGAACAAUGGAAAUGGAACCACCGAAGAAGUUUGGCUGCGACAAGGCGAAAACCGUUCAUCAGAACCUCCCCCACUUCCCCUUACGCACCCGCCUUUUGGAAGUGGAAUGUCGCAUGGUUCACCUAUGAAAUUCACGACCUUUCACCAACAUCAUCAACUCGUUGCUCAUCCUCAACACAACCCGACGAAUGGAAGUUAUGAUGGAAGUAACUAUCCUACACAAACCAUUCAUGUAACAAAUCAACAGCAACAUUACAUGAUUCCCCAACAAAUGCAUCAUCAUCAUCAGCAACAGUUUUUUGAAAAUAAUCCCCCACAAUUGUCAUCAAAUUAUGUCCCAGUCAAUUCCUACACAAAAAUGUCUGCACCAUUAGGAGGUCAUCAACAGCAACGAAAUACUAUAGCGUGGCAUCAACAACAUUCAUCGAGUUCAACAUCACCGAUAAGAAAUGGAAAUUCCAACGAAUCUGGCUGGGGUCAAGGACGUUUUGAUACUGGUCGACCAACAUCGUUACCACCUCAAAGUUCUUCGCAACAGCAAGAUGGCUCGCAAAUAAUUGCACAGCAUAGAAUGUCCGCUGAAAGCUCGAGCGAGAGUGAAGCUGGUGGAAUUACAAACAAAAAAGAAGGAAAAGAAAAAGAUCGAAAAGGAGUUUUCAGAAUAUUUUCCAAAAAGAAAUCAAAAAAUCAACAGUAGAAAGACGCCUUAGGCAAUUGUAAAUUGGUUUGUGAUUUUUUCAUUUCUUCAAUGCUAAAGAAGAUAAAUUGUUAAUUAGAAGGUCAUAAAAUAUUCGGAUAUAUGUAAACAAUCAUUCACCAACAUAUUGUGCUUCAUUUAUGCAACAUAGGUAGUUAUAUUUUUUCUUUAUUAUAUCUAACGAUAACAAACAAAAAGUGCAUUUAAGAAAUAAAACGAUAAUAUCUAAUCAUCAAUUAAAACAAUGGA